AUGGUCCUACAUAAGCUGCUGCAGCUCCCAUUUCGAAUAUGCUACGAUUUGCCAAAGGGAAGGGGCACCACCAAGAAGAAGUCGUGGUGGCAGCGAACGCGCUUCUACUCCCACUUCGUCCACAAACGACCGUGGUAUAUCGCCACCUUGCUGCCCCUCCUUCUCGUUUGGGCCGUGUGGUUCCCCUGUAUCGGUGGGCUCAACCAAUGGCACCUCUACACUGACCGCUACUUCCUCGUUGUCGCCAUGCUCUUCGCCAGCCUCGUGGCGGGCUUCCUGUCGCAGGGAACGGGAGGACUGUCGUUUCCCGUGAUGACCCUCCUCUUCGCCAUCGCACCGCUGGUGGCACGCGACUUUGCGCUCCUCACACAGGCGGUGGUCCUGUCCGGUGCGAGCUUUGCCAUCAUCUACCAGAACAUCCCUCUCGAAACCAACGCAAUCCUCUUCUCCUCCGUCGGUGGCGCCUUCGGCCUUGUGUUUGCGUUGCAGUGGAUCGCUCCGUUGGUGCACGACACAGAAGCCAUCAUGAACUUUGUGAGCCUAUGGAUCGGGUUUGGGGCGGCGGUGUUCUGGCUGCGGCGCGAGUGCGAUAAGGAGACGCACCUGGAGAUACCCAACUGCAGCAACUGGAAGGCGUUCGUCCUCAUGGUCACGGGCUUCUGCGGGGGCAUGCUUACGGCCAUGUUCGGCACGGGGCUCGACCUCAGCGUUUUCAGCUGUCUGGCGCUGUUCUUCCGCAUUCACGUCAACACCGCCGCACCCACCGGAGUGGUCAUACAGAUGAUCAACUCGUUGGUGGCAGUCGCGUUCAAGCUGCUUUUCAUGGGCGGCUUCCAACAGGCGGCAGUGCUGGACUGGGUUGCCUCCCUGCCGUUCGUCUCGCUGGGCGCGCCCCUGGGCACGGUCUGCCUCUCCUUUGUCAAUCGCACCUGGGUCAGCGGGGUCAUCUACCUCGUAGCCCUGGCCCAGUUUGUCUACGCGAUCUCGACGUUGACGAUCAACACCGACAUCAUCUUCUUCGUCGUGGUCAUCAUUGUGACGACGACGGGCCUCUUCCUGCUGCUGGCCAAGCUCGGCGAGAAGCUGGUCGAUGUCGAGAACAAGGGCUACAUCUUCGACAGCGACGACGAGGACGAAAACGACGACGUCUACGGGGCCACUCCCAUGAGCAGCUACGAAUCGCUCCCGUCCAUGGAAGAGCUGCGCGCCGGCAAGAAGAAGAUGGAGCGACGAGAGAUCAGCAGCGACGGUGUCGACUACUACGAUGACGACGAGGAAGAGCUCCUGCAGGACGCCGAUCGCGACAUCGGCCGGCUCGAAUCGAGCGGGUGGAGUCCCUACGGCCGCAAGUCCUCCCUCUACCCCAGCACCAAGAACUCCAACGCCGCCGCCGCCGCCGCCGCCGCAGCAGCUGAGAGCGCACACCUGCUGGGGCCAACUGGCACAGGCAACUCACCGCAGCCCUACUUGUGA